AUGAAAUCGACAAAUAUGGAUUGUUCCGAUCGACUUAGUCCUUCGAGCGAUAUAACAAGUGAAUCGGAAACGUCGCUACCGCCUUUUGCGUAUGAGAAUCAAAACGGGAACUUCUAUCAAACAGAUAUACAAGAAAAACAAUUCUUUUCCUGCAAACAAAAGUCACCCCAAAACGAAAGAAGCACCAAAGAGGUUUACUUACAGGAAAGCAAUAAGAAUUUCGAUUAUCUGUCGCCGCCAAGAAGCAAAAAGUAUUUGAAUUUCGAACUGAAAUUGCCGCCGAUAAACGAUAACUUUUUUCAAGUUGAAACGGAGGAACGAAUGCGUUCUUAUUUCAGUGAUGCGCAAAACAAAUGCAUUCAAAAUGAGAAUAAUCUAACGGAAAUUGAGAUUGAAAUAAAUAAUCAAAAUUUUGAACAUGUUGCCAGUGUUAAUAAUGAAAGGUUGCAGUCUUAUUUCGAAAGUGGAGCGACUAAUAUGCGUAGAAUGAAUUUUAAUUCUGAACAAGUGCAAUGUAUGUGCGAAGCGUUACAGCAGAAGGGGGACAUAGAGAAGUUAGCAGCUUUUUUAUGGAGCUUACCCGAGAGCCAGUUGCUAUGUGGAAAUGAAACUGUUUUGCGAGCCCGUGCACUCGUCGCGUACCAUAGAGGUAUCUAUCAAGAAUUGUACGCCAUUUUGGAGACGCAUACCUUCCCGCCAAAACACCACUCCACUCUACAGACUCUAUGGUUCAAGGCGCAUUAUAAGGAAGCAGAAAAAGUUCGUGGGCGGGCAUUGGGUGCCGUCGACAAAUACAGAUUAAGAAAAAAAUAUCCUUUACCAAAAACGAUAUGGGAUGGUGAGGAGACAGUUUACUGCUUUAAAGAGAAGAGCCGAAACGCAUUAAAGGAUUGUUAUUAUAGAAAUAGGUAUCCAACGCCGGAUGAAAAGCGCGCGCUUGCCCAAAAAACUGGCUUGACAUUGACACAAGUGUCAAAUUGGUUCAAGAACCGCCGACAAAGGGACAGGACUCCGCAACAACCGAACCGACCAGAAAUAUUGGUUCCCGCGCAACAUUCAAAUGGUGGUUGGGCACAAUCCUUCAUACCCAACGCGUAUUACCAUAAACUUCAAGAUGCAACACAUUAUUUACAUGGCAACACUCCCUAG